AUGAGUACUGUCGACGUAGGGCCUGUUGUACAGAACGUCGUCGUGACGGCCACAACGGGAUGCCGGCUAGACCUGCAGUUGAUAUCGACGCACGCACGAAACGCGGAGUAUAACCCAAAGAGAUUCGCGGCCGUCAUCAUGAGAAUUCGGGAGCCAAAAACGACAGCGUUGAUCUUUGCUUCUGGCAAGAUGGUCGUGACUGGAGCCAAGGCGCAGUGUGAUGCUAGGACAGCUUGUAGAAAGUUCAGUCGGAUUCUGCAAAAACUAGGAUUUCCGACAGAAAUUGCAGACGUCAAAAUCCAGAACAUCGUCUCUUCGUUCGAUUGCAAGUUCCCGAUCCGAUUGGAAGGUAUUGCCGUGGCCAAGUUCGGAUCGGUUUCGUACGAGCCUGAACUCUUUCCAGGCCUCGUAUACCGACUGCAGGUGCCCAAAGUCGUCGUCCUGAUGUUCGCAAGUGGCAAGGUCGUGCUGACCGGCGCUAAAUCAAAAGAAGAUAUUUCCGGAGCGUUCGAUGCGAUACGACCGUGGCUGCAAAGUUUCAGGGUUAUCCAUGAUAAGCCGAUAGGCCUACAAAAGGGACACGGACAUGGGUCACAGUAG